UCAACCUGUCUUUGUUAUUUGAAAUAAUUUUCAGAGGUUAUACAAGUAUUUUUUUACCGGGAAAAAGUACACAUUGUGUAAUUAAUUGUUAAUCUUAAUUAUAAUUAAUUUAUUUUUAAUCUUAAUUAUAAUUACUGUAGUUUACUAUAGAAAUUUACUAAAUUUUUUAUUAUCAUGUCAUUUGCGCAAAGCUACUAUCCAAAUUAUUUCUCAAUAAAUGACAUAUUGGCAACGGAGGAAAGAAUCCAGUGUAAAGUUGAACUUAAUUUGCCACGUUUAGGUUUCUUGGAUAUAACAUCAGAAGCACCGGAUUUAAAACCGGGAACGAAAUUAGAAUUUCCAUUUUGGUUAGCAUCAUCAUUACAUUCUAGACGAAGACCUAUUGUUAGUGUUGAAAUACCUAAAUAUUAUAAAGAAGGUUGGAGAGACAUAGUAGAUGCUGGUCCAUGCGCAGUUAAAUUAAGCCAAUGGAAUCUACAUUAUUAUGAAUUAGGCAUGCUUAUAACACAAUUUAAUAGUCGCGAAAGUGAAAAAAUAAAAGAUAAUUUAUUAUUAGCAUUUAAGAUACGACUAAGAUCUCUUAUGGAUUCAAUUGAAAAUCCUUAUGCAAAGCCAACGUUAGAUACUCCAUUGCCCAUGCUAGAGCAUAAUUUGCUUGUAGCUGGCCGUAAAGCACGUACUGUUUUGAUAGAAUGGUUAAAACAAGGUAGUGGCAAUAUUGAAAAAUCGGAAAUGGUUGCUAAUCUUAUGAAGAAACGUAAACGUAAUGAAUUCGAAGCCGAUUAAUAUUAGUUAUAAUUUAUUAAUUAAUUAUUUUGUUAUUAAAUCAAUAGCAAUUAAUAAUGUAAAAUAAUAUUUCUAAUCAAUUAAGAGUAAUUUAAUAGUAAAAAAUUAGUUUAAUUAAUUAAAAUACAAUAUCCCUUUAUUUAACGAAUACAAUCAUGAUUUUUAUAGUAAUUAAAUAACAAAUAUAAAUUAUAUACAAUUGGUAUAAAGAAAUUCAAACACAAAAUAAUUGUAAACAAGAUUUAAAAAAAAAACAUUAAGCAACAAUUAAUUAAAGUCUCUAGUUUUAAACUAAUUAUUUUAAUUUUACGAAUUUAUGUAUUCAUAUUGUGAUUUUAAAAACAAUUAUUAUUAUUUACUUUUAUUAAAUACAUUUAUUUUAUUUAAAUAAUCUUGUAUACAAAAUAUAUCAAUUAGAUGAAUGAAUUAUUGUCAACUCUAUAGAGUUUAAUAAACUGAUUGAUAUGUACAGAAAAUAGUAACAUAUUUAUUUGGCGCAUUUCCCUGACGACUAACUUUUAAGUUUUAAUAGUUUCAUAUUUGUUCAAUUUAUUGAUAUAAUUAUUUAUUAAUUUGUUUUUUCAUUUAUUUUUUUAAUAACAAUAAUUUGAGAUUUAUAAUUCGUUAGUCUAUUAUAGAGAAAAGUUACAUACUUCAUAAAUUGUGUAACAAAAACUGUAAGACGUAAAUCUCUGACAAUAACUUUAAUGUACAUUAAUUAUAAAAAUAUAAUUAUUACUAAAUAUAUGAUUAAUAUUGAUCAAUAUUUUUCUUAGCAUUAUGUUUUGUAUUUUUUCUAUUGAGCACAUUCAGAGUAAAAAAAAAAUUUAAUGUUAAAUUGUCUGGUUCAUAUCUCGUACAUAUGAUUUUUACUACUAAAUUCUAUCAACUAUAUCGGAUUCAUAUAAAAUUACUGUAUAAAUUUUACCUCUUAUAUGAUUCAUACGUAAAUCAUAAAAUUAUAUUUUAAUCAAGAGUUAAAAUGGUAAAGCAUUGUAUGUGAUUCAUAUAUGGUUGUAUCUGUUUCGCAUAUUGCACAAUUUCAGGGAACUAAUUAUAUCGGAGUCAGAUAAAAAUUUUUGUACGUAUAAAGCAAACCAUAAUUAUCUGUUGUCAUUAAUCCGAAAAAUUACAUCUGAUUCAUGUAGCAUAAACAUUUUAUUUGAUACAUGAUCAAUCUAAAAAUCGAACAAAAUAAUUUUAUUUAUAAAAAGUAAGGACAAAGUUAUGCUUUUAUAGAUCACAUACCGUCCCCUUUCUGGGAAAACCUCGUAACUACAUUUUUUUCAUAAUUAAAAUUAUGAGUGAAAAACAUUCUUUAGUACUGCUAUUGCGUAAAAAAAGCUUCAAAUUUUAAUAAUUAUAACGGAAUGUUUGAGACACUUGAAUUUUAAUAUUUUCAUUAAUGCACGUGUAACAGAAUAGAUUUCUUGACCGAUUUCCGAAAAAAUUAUAAUUUUGCAGUUACGAAAUUUACUCAGAAAGAGGGCGAAUAUAAAUCAGAGGCCUAAUUGUAAAUCACGAGUUACAUUUGACUCACGUCAAAUCGUCACUGCAUAUCAUAAAUAUAUGUAUUAGACUGGGCCAAAAAAAUCGAUUAUUUUUUUUUUUUAAGUAUAUCGAAAAAAUUAUUUGGAAUGACAAAAAAAAAAUUAUUGUGAAAAUUGGAGCCCUUAAUAUUUAUAUUAAGAGGUCUAUCAUCGCAAUUUUUUAUUUUUUUUAAUGAGCGGAUUUUUGUCUCAUAACUUAUAACGAAAUCGACUUAGAUUCAUAUCUAAAAGGAAAUUGAAUGCUCUACAAAAUAGGUCUGAUUGAAAUUUUUAAUAAUAUUUUCGAUAUACUUAAAAAAAAAAAUAAAUAAAAAAAUAGUCGAUUUUUUUAGCUUAGUCUAAUAUUUAUGUAUAAAGUUCUCCCACAGAGUUAGUCGCGUUCGGUUUUUAUUCCCACACUCAGUAAAUGAGUAUCCCAUGUCGUUACUACACAUUAACACUACAAACCGAAAAUAUCCGACAAUUCCCGACGGCGCUUUACUCUUGAGGAAGACUUUAUAACAUUGUCCCAGGAGGAGUGAUCCUCGGGAGUUUUUGGUUUUUAUUCCCACUCUGGAUGUUCUAUGUAUUAACCCCCCCCCCCACUUGGUUUUAUAUAUGCGAAGUUUAGAAAUAAUCAGUAGUAGGAGUAAUUUUCGAAGUUCAUUUCUUCUCUGAGACGAGUCUACAAAGUACUUAAAAUAAAUUUAUUUAGGUUAAAUAUUAUUAUUAUAAAAAAUCACGAUUUGUUUAGAUCAUAUUCGUUUCAUAUAAAUUACAGUAAAUUAUAAGUUAUAUUUGAUGAAUUUUAUUUUAUAUAUGAAUCAUAUAUAAGCAAUAAAACUUUUUUAUUUCAUUUUUUUUUCAUCUAUAAAUCACUGAGAGGUCAUAUAUCAACUGCAUCUAUAAUUAAAAUAUGAAUAGAUGUUCAUAUAUGCACCAUAUUGUAUUUACGUAUGAACCAUAUAA